AUGGAAGAAGGUGGUUCCUCAACAAUGGACCAAGCUUAUGAUUCAAACAUGGACGAAGUGGUUGUUGUACCUGAGUGUUCGAAAGAGUUGAAGCCUGUCUUUGGCCAGAAGUUCAAAUCACUGGAUUUUUGUUUUGCGUUCUACGAUGUGUAUGCCCGGGCUGUUGGUUUUGAUACUCGCAAAUCACAAACGAGAAAAACUGAUGGUAUAAUUACUUGGUAUAAGGUGGUAUGCAACAGGGAAGGCAGCAAGAACUCGUGCGUGGAUGACCAAGCAAAUGCACGGUCUGGUUUUUCGUUGAAACGUCGACGUUUAUCCAAGCGUUGUGGUUGUAAAGCCAGUAUCUCAUUCAAGUUCUUCUCCGACGGAGGAGUUUCAGGUUAUACUGUCGAGGAGUUUAACGAAGUUCAUAACCAUUACAUGGUUGGAACAGAGCAUCAGCAGUUCAUGUCAAUCAAUCGAAAGUUGGACGACGUACAUCACCAAUUUAUCCUUGAUUGUUCAAAGGCUAACAUAGGUCCCACGCUCACGUUUAAUGUGCUGAAGGAAAUUCUAGGUGGUUUUCAGCUCGUUGGCUGCAAUGUUGGGGAUAUAAGGAAUGUUUCACGAGACAUCAAAGCAUACGCUCAUGGUAUUGACGUACAAAUGGUUUUGGAUGAUAUGGCUAGGAAGAAAGAGAUGUCCGAGGCAUUCACAUAUGAGUACGAGGUUAAUGCUAGCGACCAGCUGGUUGCUCUGUUCUGGUGUGAUGGUUUGAUGAAGAGGAAUUACCACAUGUUCGGUGAUAUUGUGGCUUUUGACACCACCUACAACACAAAUAGGUAUUGUAUGAUCUUCGCGCUCUUCACGGGAAAGGACAAUCAUGGGCGACCAGUAACUUUCGCUGGUGGUUUGGUAAGCAGCGAGAAGACCGGCGCUUUUGCAUGGCUGUUUAGACAUUUUGUCCCAUGUAUGGGUGUUGCUCCGAAGAUGAUUGUUACAGAUCAAGAUUUGGGGAUGAGAUCGGCUAUUGAAGAGAUUCUUGUUGGGACUCGCCACAGAUGGUGUAUGUGGCAUAUCAUGCACAAGUUGGCCAAUAAAGUUCCUGGUCGGUUGUUGCGGGACGAAGAUUUCAAGAAAGAGUUCAAUGCCUGCGUCUGGUCGGAUCUGCUAGAACCCGAUGAGUUCGAAGAAGAGUGGAAUGGAAUACUUGAACGUUAUGACCUGGAAGACCAUGGUUGGUUGAAGACAUUGUACGCCUUUCCCUUUUGA